AUGGUUAAAGCUGUACAGAUUUCAGAUACAGAACCAGAGAGCCAUGAUGCCAGUUUAGCAGCAGACUUAUAUAGGCUACAGUCUUGGUAUAAAAAGAUCAUUAAAAUGUCGUCAAUGGAUUCAGAUAAAUAUCAACAAUUUGUUCAAACAGUAAUGGUAGUAUUGGAAAGAAUUAAUCAAAAGAACGAUCCAUGUGUAAAAGAAACAAUACUAAGCACUGUGAUUCAAAAACAGGUCCAAAGGAUGCUUGAUAGUUUGAAAGAAAAAGAAGAAAAUUCGGAACGUGAUGAGAAAUUUAAGAAAAUGGAAAGUGAGGUUGAUGAAAUAAUUCCAAAGAAUAUAAGAGGUAAUACUCCACUGGUAGGUUCUUGUUAUUAUGGUUAUACUGAUAUUGUACAGUGGUUGUUACGUAAUGAUGUAGAUGUGGAUCAGUGUAGAGAUGAUGGGAACACUGGACUGAUUUUCGCAAGUCAGAAUGGACAUACUGAUAUAGUAAAGCUACUGUUAGAAAAGGAUCCUAAUGUUGACCUAUGUGACAAGGAAGGCUGUAGUCCUCUGUUCAUGGCAAGUCAGGAAGGACAUACUGCUAUAGUGAAUUUACUGUUAAAGACGGAUUCUCAAAUUAAUCUAUGUAACAAGUAUGGUUUUACACCACUGAUCAUGGCGUGUGGCUUAAACCACACCAAUACAGUUAAGCUAUUAAUGAAACAUAAACCAAACAUCAAUGCCCAGACAUAUGAUGGUGGUAAUGCUUUAUAUUUCAGUGCAGUUAAUGGAAACAUGGAGAUAACAAAGUUACUGUUAGAGAAUAAUGCUGACUGUAAUAUCUUUAUCAUGAGUAAACAGUGUUUAACAAAUAAAUUUAAUAACAUUCAAAGGAAAACAUUGGACAAAGAAAAACAAGAAUUAUUUGAUAGUCUCGUGAAGAAUACAUCAUCACAUGGAACAGAUUAUGUCAGACAGAAGUCAGUAGAUUAUGGGUUUGAUGUAGUAGCUGGUUCUUCUCCAUUACACAUAGCCUGUUUUAUAGGUAGGAUAGAUGUAGUUCAUUGUCUUCUGGACCACAAUGCUAACAUCAACAUAAAAAAAGAAGAUGGCACCACGCCAUUAUUUUAUGCAUGUGAAGUAGGACAUGAGCAUAUUGUACAUUUAUUGUUAGAAAAAGGUGCAGAUACACAGAUGUGUAGACUUGAUGGGGAAUCCCCUUUAAAGAUUGCAACAGAUAAUGGACAUACAUCUAUAGUAGUGAUGUUAUUAAAUCACAUAAUGAAUGAGGACUAA